AUGAGUAAAGUUCAAGAAGAUGCGGAAGCUGUAAAUAUCAACUCGAAGUCAAAUAUGUCAACUUUAGAAAGGACAAAUGCACUGAGUGUCAUUGCGGCUUCCUACGACGAUGACGUUGAUGAAAAUGAGGACCAGAGUACUCCGAAUAGUGAAGAACAGAAUAAAUUAAUAAGCAGUGAAAUGGUAAUUUGUGAUCAAGAAAAAACUUCUGAAAAUGUAGAGCCAGUUGUUCUCAAAGAAAUUACAGUUGUUGAUCCAGAGCCAGAGUUGUCUAUCGUGAAGGAGCAAAUAACACUAUCUGAUUCUCAGAGACAAAAUUACCGAACUCAAGAUUCGGACAGCUCUGACAGUGAAGAUGAUUCUAGUUCCAGUGAUAGUAGCAGUAGCAGCAGUUCCUCCGAAGCUGAGUCUGAAAACGAGGACAGUGAUAAUGAGAAGGUACAAUCCAACAAAUUUAGAUUUGCAGAUAUCAGUUCCAGAAGUUCUCUGCGACCCUCUGGGCGAAGUAAUAUUUUAUUAGUCGGGUGGGUAGUAGAGCAAAUGGUUGUAGUGACCCCAAAAGCCACUAAACCGACUCUUAAUUUUGACACUAUAUUAUUUGUGGACAAAGGUAAACGUGUCUUGGGGCGUGUGUUUGACGUAUUUGGACCAGUAACCGAGCCUCAUUACUGUGUUAGAUUUAAUAAUGCUCAACAUAUUGAAGAGAGUAAUAUUAAAGUUGGUAUGACAGUUUAUUACUGUCCUAAUACCCCUUAUACAACUCUUGUAUUCAUGACUGACCUUCUCAAAAUGAAAGCAAGUGAUGACGUAGGCGAAGACGAGCAUCCAGAGUUUUCAGAUGAUGAAGAAGAAAAGGCGUACUUUGCUUCUCUUAAACAAAAACAAAGGAAUAAUAAUAAUAAAAAUAAUAAUAAUAGUAAUAGCAAUGGCAACAAUAAUAAAAGUAAUGACACUAAUAGAAGUACUCCGUCGUCGAAGCGUCAGAAGAAAAAUGAUGGAUGGAAGUCUCAGCAUCCUUGGAACAACUCUAGAAGGACGGAUCAGAGAGGACAGAAUUAUCAUUGGUAUCAGCAAGCGCAAAAUCAAAGUCAUUUUUACUCUCAGCCUCAGCCGCAACAAAAUAUGUGGGCGCCAUACCCGAGUAAUGCCCCUAGUAAUCCUUCGUAUCAUUACGGAUAUCAAAAUUGGUACGGGUAUCCCCAAUCCGAGUAUUCAGCUCACCCGUCAUAUCAACAGAAUGUCGAUCUAACGCGACAGCCCGGACCUAGUUUUGCGUGGCAAGCUAACUCGACCUUUACACCCACGCCUACUAAUCCAACCUGGCCCAUACUACCGCCUCCACCUCCUCCUCCUCCUCCUCCUCCUCCUCCUUCUCAACCUUCUCAAUCUCCGACGUCUCCAGGUACGUAGAUCCUACUACUAAAUUCAACGAAAUUACAAAUCGAUUUGGUGUAAAUAAUUCACUGGAAAAUU